AUGAGCGCCAGAACACGGAGACAAAAAGCCGCCUUGGCCGCGCAGUCCGACGAGAACGAGACACCCGUCAGCAAUGGCACGGCACAGAAAUCACCGAAGAGAAGCAAGUCGGCUUCCGCUGAGAAGGAAGUCAAGGAGAAUGUAUACCUGUUCGCUCCGAACCUGAUCGGAUACCUGCGGGUUGUUUUGACCAUCGCCUCCCUUUACUAUAUGCCCUUCCACCCUCGAACUUGCUCUCUCCUAUAUAGCGUAUCGUGCUUGCUGGACGCUUUGGAUGGAUAUGCGGCGCGGUACUUCAACCAGUCUACCACCUUCGGUGCCGUGCUCGACAUGGUGACGGAUCGCUGCACCACCGCGUGUCUUUUGGUUUUCUUGAGCUCCGCCUGGCCCCGGUGGGCCAUCAUCUUCCAGAGUUUGAUUGCGCUGGAUAUGGCGAGUCAUUAUAUGCACAUGUACGCCACCCUCAGCAUGGGUGGCUCGAGCCAGAGUCACAAGAAGGUUGAGGCCAGCCGGAGCUGGAUCUUGUACUGGUACUACAACAGCAAGACCGUUCUGUUCAUCUGCUGCGCCCUCAACGAAGUUUUCUUCAUCGGUCUCUACCUCCUCUCGUUCUCUUCCCCGACGCUCUCUCCUUCCCUCCUUAAGCCCCUCACCGAAAGCACUGCUCAGACCGCCCCGACCAAUCUAUAUGAGAGCCCAUGGAGUGCGGGAGCGCUGGAAUUGGCGCGGGCCAACAAGAUUGACAGCUUCUGGCCCUGGCUCAUCACCGGAAUCUCGGCACCCGUCAUGGCGCUCAAGCAGAUCAUCAACGUGGUGCAAAUGGUCAAGGCCAGCAACUGGCUGGUCGAGGGUGACAUGGCCAAGCGCAAGGAACAACUCCGUGGAAAGAAGCACUAA